AUGCUAAAUUAGCAUUUUUGUGAAAUUGAUGAUGACAGUAAGUCUCCUGUAAAAUAAUUCUUUAGUUUCUGAUGCUACCUCUUUUGAGGACUCCAUUUAAAAGAGAUGUAUGACAGCUCCUCCGAGACCAUUAACCGAUUUGGAGGAAUUUAAGAGGUAAAUUUGUUAAGAAGUAAGAAGAUCAGAAGAAUAUGAAGCCCUCGAAAAAGCGUAUAGAAGCCAAAGCCAAUUGAUUUAGAGAGACUAUUAGAAAUACGAUUUAGACAAUCCAGAAGGAUAGCAUAGUUGUAAGAAAUUUCUAUACCAUCUUGAAUAUAUGUGUAAAGUAUUUGAUCAAAUAACUCACAGGUGUAUAAAGUGAAUGCAGUAUCAAGGGAUUAUAGAGACUCAUUUUCAAAAGCUUACAAAAUAUUAUACACUGAAGGUGAGUUGUGUUACUUGACUGAAAUUCUUGAUAGUGCUUAGGAAGGUAAAAGUUAGUGAUUGAAGUUCUAGGCUUCCCAUAUUUGUGGGUUAAUUCAGAAAAAUAUGCAUUUUCGGCUGAUGUAUUGGAAUCUGGAGUGCGCUUAGUGGAGGCUUUUUAUAAAGUCUAACAUGUCAUCAGAUACACGUAUUCUGGGACUGGACAAGAGAGUCCCGAUUUCUCUUCUUAGAAAUUGAAAGCUGAAAUUCAAUUAUUGUUAGAGAACUUUGAUAUAAUUUGGGUCAAUUUUGAGAAAGUACUUUAAAUUUAUAAUCAAGUAUUAUGUCAAGGAAUUAAUGCAAAUAGAGGCAGAAGCAAGAAGGUUUAUACUAAAAGCAAUAGAAAUAGAUAAAGAAAUGAUCUCGAUAGAGGUGCGUGAGAAAUUGAAGGGAAGAAUCCUUGUGACCUCUGAUAAUUAUCUACAUUAAAAAGCUGAAGUAACUCACAUACUGAAGCUAGUUAUGCAAAGUGAUAGCACAGAUUAAUUCGGUCGCUAAUGUUGAAGGUAAAGGCAGAGAUGAUCUCGGCGUAAAUAUCCUACUCGAAGCAGAAGGUAUAACCAGAAGAGUCACUCGAGAGUAAUCUUAGGCUGUUAGAAAUCUUGCUGAUAGCAUCAAAAUGAAGUAGACUUGUUAUAAUAGUUAAGUUUCUCAAAGUUCAGAGAACAGAUGAGAAGAUAUGAACGGAAUAUUGAAAUGGUCGAUCCUCAAUUAAAAAAUAAUUAAGAAUUAGUUGAAUUAUUGAUUGAAUAUGAAACAUAAUGGGAAAAAGGCUUGAAUUACUUAUUGGAUCCAAAGAGAUAUACACAAUUAAUGUUGUUUUCACAUAUCAUAGAAACAACAGCAGAGAAAUAUCAACAAUUCAAAGAACAACUAGAAUGCAGAGAUAGCGAUAUUUUUGUAGCAAUACCAUGUUUGAUCAUAUUAAAACACCUCGAAGAUGAAGAUCGCAAUAUUUGUCUGUAUUUCUUACCUAUGUUAAAUGAUACUUCUUCUAAAUUGCAUUAAUCAUUUAUGAUUCUAAAGUAGGAAUUUCAGACUUGGAGAAGACAACAUUCAAAAUCAUAUGAAUACUAUAAUAUUAUUGAAAAACUGAUUUUAGGAAUUCCAUAAUAAUAGUUUUCUGAAGAUGAGUCAAAUUAAAUUUAGAAGCUUAUGCAAAAAAUUAAAUUCCUUUCGAUGGAACUACAAAGGUAUAAUGCUAUAGAAUGGAAUUAAUUCAUUGAUGCUGCAAUAAACAAUAAUUGA